AAAACACGUUUCAAGAGGAAAGAAAGAAGCUAGAGCAACAAAUGUCCCUCGCUCAGGAAGGACAGGGACAAAAGAAGGCCCCACUCUCCAGAUCGGAGGCAGGAAGGAUUAUUGAAGAAGAGUUAGAACAACAAAGAAUGCGAGAGGAAUUAACUCGUAUUGAGAUAGAGAAAAUUAAAGAAAAAGAAAGAUUGGAGGUUGAGAAACAGAAACUAAUACACGCGAAAAAGGAAGAGCAUCCCUCGGCUUUUCAAACAAAAGGUCAGAUCCAAACAGCGAUCUUUGAUGAGAAAUUAGACGCACCGGACGGGGGUAAUUUUCAAGGCGUUCGGUUUUCCUCAAAGAGAGGAAGCGUAAUUGAUCUGAGCGAAGAAGAAGGUGUUAGUGGUCCAAUAAAAGGGGCGAUAGAGAAUAGGCCCCUUCAGGAACCUGUUUUCGUACCACGUCCUGCCCCUCCCCAAUCACAGCCCCAGGUACAAUCCCAACCGCAACAUCAGCCCGUUAUUCGUAGACCAAAGGAUGGAGGAAAACCAGCCACGGGAGGAAAACCUGAAUACCGGAAGAGUAUUGUGGAGCUGGAAAUAGAAAGACAGAAGGAAAGAGAAGAAGAGGCGAGGAGAGAGGCUGAAAUCGCAAGAAGGGUUCAGUCUGCAAACCAAGGCAGUGAUAAAGGGCCUGGAAAGAAGAGCGAGGAGAUAAAAUCGAAAGACGAGCAUUCAAGACAAGUAGCCGAGUCAAAUGCUGUUGCUGCCAAAGUCCCCAGCGUGAAGAAGCAGACUAAAAAGUUUGAGAAGAAAAGUGAAGCUUUUAAAGCAACCGGUCAAGGUCCCAAAAAUCCUGUCUCAGGUGGAUUGACUGGUAAAACCCCAGGAUUUCAGACCCGUAAUGGAGAAGAAACUGUCGUUCAGCAAGCAAAGUCAACAGUUGUCGCGUCUUCGCCUGUUGACGAGAUCGAUGCGUUUCGCCAGCCAGUUGCAAACGGUUCGGGGCCAGAGGUAAACGGUUUGGAAACGGAAGAGGAGAGAAAAAGAAGAGAGGAGAAGGAACUUUUUAGGCUGGAGCAAGAGGAAGAGAAAAGACGCAGGGAAGCGCAAAGGCAAGAUCUUGAAAGAAUCAGGAAAGAAGUAGAUCUUAAAGAAGCUGAAGAGAUGCUCCGCGUUAAGCUUGCGAAAGAAGAAGAAAAGAAGAAGCAGAGGGAAACCGAACGCAAACUCGCUGAGGAACGUCAAAAAGACCACGCGGAAACGCUAAAGAGGUAUGAGAAUGAUGCGACGUCAAGGAAAACGGCGUUCGCAGCGCACAAGUUGAUUCUUGAACAGCGUGUUUUGAAAGCGCUGGAAGAGAGUAAACAAGAAAGUACUGUUCCAAAGCGGCGCGCGUCCAGCUUUGAUCGCCCGUCUGAAGCGUUUGAGCAAGGCAACUCUCUCGGUUCGCAAAGAGAUGAAUUUAGCAGUGGAGGAGUAACGCUUAGGAAAGCUAAUUUUGAGAAAAAUGGAGUGAGAAAAGACUCUAAGGAGGAACUGCGAAAGAAGCGGUACUCUCUUAAUCUUCACCAAACUCGACGUGGGAUAAACUCUUUGGAUGAUACAUCGUUGGGAAAAGACCGCGUAACUAUGGAGGCCAUCGAUGACGUCUUUGUAGGAAGACUGAAGUCUCAAGCAGAUGUGAAUACAGGUGGAGAACAAGCGAGUGAAGGCAAGCUAAGCAAAGCUAAAAGUGUAGGUGAUUUGUCGUUUAAAAAAGGCGCAAAAAAUGAUGAAGCUCGUUCUUAUCCAGUGUUAAGGAGAGUUUCUUUCAACCCAGACCAGACCGAUUCCGUGGACGGCGUACCGUCGUUCUCUGACUCUAGAAUACAGAAAGAACUUGAGGAACAGCGUUUGCGGGAAGAGAUCGUAAAACAAGAAGUCUUGGAGAGAGAAAAGCGUCAUCGACUAGAAGAAGAGAAAAAGAAAACCGUUGAGGUGUCUGCGGGCAAGAAGGAGAUGAGCUUAAAUGACAUCAAGAGAAAUCCUCUUCCUAACAAAAUUCAGGUAGUUAUAUAAUGAUUAUGCGUUAUUGACCAAGUCUGAGGUCAACAAGAUGGCUGAAUAUCCAUCGUCUCGGUCAAUAAAAACGUUAAAAAGAACGAGGCCAACAUUCAGCCACCUUGACCGAAAGAGCUUGGUCAAUAAAGGAUUUACUAAAUGAACAAAAAGAGAACUUUUUCUUGCGGGACCAACGCAUAAGAAUCCCGGGAGUGUAAGACGGGAUCAUCUUGCCCACUCGGGUAGCCAAUCAAAACGCACGAUUCGCUUCAGGCUGCCCGCUCGCGAAUUCAGCUAUAUAAUAAGUAUGCGGUAUUGAUCGAGCCUGAGGUCAAGAUGGCCAAAUAUUUGCCAAGUUCUACUUUUUGCUGUAUAAUGGACCUCAAUUUAGUUUCGGUCAAUAAAAACGCAAGGUCCCUAAGGUUACUCCAAGUAAACAUGAAUGUAGAAAAUCCUCCUUCCUGUUUUCACCAAGUAAUAAGUGGCAGUCUGAUUAUCGCAAAAAGACUACCCUUUCAUAUCGUUUGACCCAUCUUUACUUAUGCAAUUCUAAUUAUCUCACGAAGUUCUUCAAAAAUGGUGUAAUUACCAGCUAUGAAAUCACUGCUUGUACAAAUCUCAGACUGAACUUAACGUCUAGUGCAAGGUUUGGCCAAUUUUGAAGGCGUGUGGCAUUUUUUUCGAUUUUCUAGUUUCUAUUCCAGGCUUCAACGUUCUCUUAAUUUGGUCAGUUGUGACUUUGAUUGGGUAAAUUUGCCUCCAACAGGUCAAAAAGCCCCAGUCCUCGUCAUCAAACCGAGACUCGCUGACUCAUUCGAUGGCAGCCCAUUGGGAGACAGUGUUACAGUCAGUACCAGACGGAAAGGAAUCAAAGUAAGCCAGCUGCUUAGUCUCGAAAUUACAUUAUUUGCUUUAAUUUUGCUAACUGAUUUACUCAAUUGAUUGAGUGCUAGACAGUAAAGCGUAGGCGUGGGUUCGAUUCCCGGCCGGAUAAUUAGAUAACUGAUGUGCUCUGGUGUAUUUCUCUUCAUGAUUUGUUUUCAUUUGCCUCAAGUUUGGCUUCUAUGGGAGAUUUUUGUUUUCCCAUGAAUUAGCACCGCAGCCUUCUUUCCUGCACGCACUGGGUAGAUGUUUCCCUGACUCCUUUUUGUCUUCUCAUUGAUGUGUUUUAGGGGCAACAUGAAUAAAAGAAAGAGUGUGAUCGAGGUAAGGUGUUUGUAGUUGUACCCCAUAAGAAGAUCUUAAUGUAAUGUAAAGGUGAACAAAGGGGUCGUUUUCGAGGGAAAACAUGUAACUGAUGCAAAGGACUCGAAAAGAUGUAGCAAAUCCUGAGCGCGGGAAAACAUAUCAUAGUACCAAGCGUUGUAAAACAUUCAACGUGUGCGAAUGGCGGGAAAUUUGCAAUGAGUGACAAAGGCGGGAAAAACAUGCGUUAAGUACCAAACGUAAGAACACGUGCAAUUUGUCCAACUCGGUAGCCUCCGUGGAAGGAAGUAUUGUUUUUUUCUGCAAAGCACAGGAAGCCAUGUAACUCGUCUUACUCAGGAAAACCUGGUAGCAAGCGGGAGAUAUGAAAGCAGACUCGAUUGAGGAAAAACCUGUAACUGAUUACAGUAAGGAAUUCAUCUUCCGAGAGAACUCUUUGAAUGUUAACCAGAGAAGAUAUACUAGGACCACUUAUAUGAAGAAAAAUACGGCGCAUCUUACAUAAGACGCAAACUUUACCGUACAAACGGCACAUUUCGUUUGAAAACAGACGCGUCUUACUUCAGACGAAAUGUGCCGGUUAUACGGUAUAGUUUGCGUCGUAUUUAGGGCGCGUCUUGUUUUUCCUCGUAUAAACGGCCUUACUGUCUAUCUCAUAUUCUCGUGCUUGAGUUUCCCUUAACUCUGUUUGUUGUUUUUAUGCCGUAUAUUUCGCUUGGAAACUAAUUUUUCUUGUUUUCCCAUAUCUUUGGCAGCUGGAAAAAGAGGAAGAGAGACGAAGGGAAGAUGAACUUCAGAAGGAAAGAGAAAGAGUUUUGUUAGAAAGACGACAGAAAGUGGAAGAGAAUCAGUUUAUUAAACAGGUACGUGGAAAGUGAAUGUUUCGUUGUUGUUGUUGCUGUUGUUGUUUUUUUUAUCUACUGUGGUUGCAAUCAGUUUAAUUUGCUUAAACGUGUGGUUAACGUUUCCCAACUCUUUUGUUUUCAGAGGAAGAAAGAACAAGAAAUGGAAACGAAGAAGAAAAAAAAAGAAGAGAAGGUUAGUUUCGGUGAACACAGCGGUCAAACGAGUGAAAUUUGCAAAAGUCAAGCGAAAUACUUCAAAGUCAAGGUUGCUACUUUCACUAUCGAGAGUUUAAGGUAUUACCAACAUCCUGUUAGUUCACUAAACUUUUUAAAAGUUUACUAAAAAAGUUCUAAGUGAUUGAAAACCGAUGCAGACGUUAUUAUCGGCGCCAUUUUCAAACAUGAUUCUCUUUUAGCGUGAAGCGUUUUCAGCGAAAAAAGCUCAAAAUUUUGAGAAAAAUGGAAAGAUAGUUAUGUUGACUAACUGAUUUAUACAUCUUUGCCCAUUUUUCCCUAACUGGUAAAUGAAAUCCCAGCAAUAAUAAACAAAAAUAACGAUUUAGACGUUUGACCGCGGUGGUGUUUCGGUGACACGUUUAAUACAUCCCCCUCCCCCCCGCCCCCUCUCCAGUAUUGGACAAAGACAGACUGAUGAAGAAGUUGCUCUUGGAUUAUUUUCACUCACGAAAUCGAAAAUUAAAACACUAUUUCAAGCCUCUAUAAUCGAUAGUUGUUCAAAACUGUUUACUUUAAAUCUCAAGCAAACGCUUUUAGAUACCGUUCUUGCUUGCCCUGUAAUAGUUUCUUUCCGAGAACUAGAGCAACAAGCUCAUUUCCUCCUUCAGGUUGUUACUAGGGUAAACCAAGUUGUUGCCAGUGUAUAGGUCCUAGUUGCUCAAGGCAUGUAACGUUCUCCAUCGAAUAAUAUAUCAUGUCCAGUGGAUUAGUAUUGCGGAAUGAGUUGCGUUAUCCAGCAAGCAAGCGUAGACAAGGAUGCCGCUUUUAAACGCAAGUUAAAAUGUUUAACAUGAGUAAUAUGCGAAAAUCACAAAAACCGGCCACAUUUCGGUUUUGUCAUUUUGACUGAUAAAGGGUUUAUACACAACAAAAUUUGAAAAACGAUAAAAUUGUUUACAACGUGAACCGUGGUUAACUGUAAUUUAAAGUCCGGCGGUGAAGUUAUUUCUCUGUUUAUUCUGUUUCAGGAAAAGCGGCAACAACGAACUACAGCCAUGAAAUCCUUAUUUGAAAGCAAAGGAGCCAAAAAUUGAAAAACAGAGUUUUAUAGUAUAAAUAGAGACUAAUUUGAAGUUUUUUCUAGACUUUUUUGGUCGCGCUGUAUUUAGUAAGUCCAAAACCGUUUCUUAUAAUAUACAUUUUUUGGAACAAACUUGUAUUGAGCAGAUGUACCGGAUACUAGAAGCGCUUGCCACCAAGCCAAAAAUUCCGAAAAGUUUGGAUGGACCAAACCGGGAACCCAUAACCAAACUGAGGUGCGAAGGGAUGAAAACAAAACUUGGAGAUCGGGCAACCCUCUUAUCUCAGGGUCUGGAUUACCGCC